UAUAGUGUUUGAAAUGUUAGACAUUUUAAUAGUAGACAAACUCUUAUCAAAUAUACAUUAAUUGUAUGUUUUAUUCAAUUUUUUGUCUAAUAUUUUUUAAUAACAAAUUUAAUUGUAUUUAAAUGAAUCAUUUGAUUCAAUAAUAUAUUAAUAUAUAAGUAUUAAACUGUAAAUCAUUUAACAUAUCUAUCGCUUGAAACAAAACAUUCAAUUCAAAUUUGACCAGUAAUGGGAACCCGAGUAUAUAUCGGUCGUAUCAGUUAUGAUGUCCGCGAAAGAGAUAUCGAAAAGUUCUUUAAAGGCUACGGAAGAAUACGUGAAAUUUUAAUGAAAGAUGGAUUCGCUUUUGUUGAGUUUGAUGACCACAGAGACGCUGACGAUGCUGUCUAUGAACUCAAUGGCAAAGAAUUGUUGGGCGAGAGAGUGCAUGUAGAGUUCGCUAGAGGUCCAUCACGAGGUCGGGCACGAUUCAGGCCAUACGGAGGAUCAUCCAGAGGUGGAGGAAGAGAUGGAGGAGGAGGAGGUGGUGGUGGCGGCGGCGGCGGAGGGUAUUAUAGUAGUCGUGGUGACCGACCUUCUGGCGGACUUACUUAUGCUGAAAAAUAUGGUCCUCCGAGGAACACUGAGUACCGGGUGAUCGUCGAGAACUUGAGCUCAAGAGUCAGUUGGCAGGACCUCAAAGACUUCAUGAGACAGGCCGGAGAAGUGACGUAUGCGGACGCACACAAACGUGAGCGCAAUAUGGGUAUUGUAGAUUUUGCCUCAUAUACUGAUAUGAAGAAUGCUUUGGACAAAUUGGAUGGAACUGAUCUUCAUGGAAGACGUAUCAAAAUGGUUGAAGAUAAGACACGACGCCGAAGUAGGUCGAGGUCUCGAUCCCGUUCGAGGUCACGAUCGAGAUCACGUCGCAGCUCAAAGUCUAGGAGUCGCAGCAGAUCUCGAUCUCGUGCUUCGAGAAGUCGCUCGAAAUCGAAGUCAAAAUCCCGUUCGAAGUCUCGCUCUAAGUCGCCUAAGCGUAACAAUAAGGACAGUAAAUCGCGUUCACGAAGUAGGAGUAAGUCGCCUAAUGGACGUCGCACUCGGAGCCGAUCAGUGAGCAGAGACCGCUCUAAGUCGAAGUCUCGCUCCCGUUCACAUUCACGAUCGCCGUCGGCUGAGAAAAAUGACCGCUCGCCAGACCGAUCGGAAAAUGGAGAAACUUAAUAAUAAAAAUCUAUUGACUUAUAGUCUGUUUACUACAAAAAACAAUUUUCGACACUAAAAUACAAAUUUCAUUUCACAUUAUUUUUAAGUAAUUUGUUUUUAGACGUAAUCCAUAACUUGUAAUUGAGUAUAAAUAUAUACAUAACUAUAUGAAUACAUUUUAACCGAUAUAACCCAAUAUUAAAUUAUCUACUAAACUAUUUAGCCAUUUAAGCAAUGAUUUCGACAAAUUUAUGUUUAAGACAUAAUAUACUUUGAAAUGUAUUAAAAUUGCAUUUUUUUCAAUACAAAUAUAAGAUUCAUCACUACAUUCAA